AUGGGACUCUCGGGACUUCUGCCUAUCCUGUUAUCACUCAUCCUCCUGGAGGAUGUCCAGGAAUCUGGGCUGGUUAAGGGGUUCUUUCUCAAAACAUGCCCCAAAAUCAGAGUAAAAUGCGAAAUCAAGGAAAGGAACCAAUGCACGAAGCACAGACAUUGCCCGGAAAAGAUGAAGUGCUGCUUGUUCAGCUGUGGAAAGAAAUGUUUAGACCUCCGAAAAGAUACAUGCAGCAUGCCAAAGGAAGUUGGCCCCUGCAUGGCCUACAUUCCACGCUGGUGGUAUGAUAAAGAAACGGAGACCUGCUCCGAAUUCAUCUAUGGUGGUUGCCAAGGGAACAGUAACAACUUCCAAUCUGAAGCUGUCUGCAUGGUCACCUGCCAAAGAAAACGUAAGUUCCAGGGUUCCCAGUCUACCAUGCUCACUGGGGCCACACUGAGAAGUCUAGGUGUUGCUGGUCCAUACUAA